AUGGAAAACCAAACAGAGGUGAGUGAAUUCAUCUUUUUGGGCCUGAAAAAUGAUUUGGAGCUUCAAUAUAUAAUCUUUUCAAUUUUUCUGCUAUUGUAUAUGGCCACAUUAGUGGGGAAUGGAGCUAUUGUUCUUGUAGUCUUAACUGAACCUCAUCUUCAUACACCCAUGUACUUUUUCCUUGGAAAUCUUUCCUACAUUGACAUUUUCUAUUCCACAGUAACUGUUCCAAAAAUGCUACAAGGAUUUCUAAUAGAGCUACAAACCAUCUCCUUCAAUGGCUGCAUGGUCCAGCUCUUUUUUUUCUAUUUCUUGGGCAGCAGUGAAGGAAUCCUUCUUGGACUCAUGGCCUAUGAUCGGUAUGUUGCAAUAUGCAACCCCUUGCGCUAUACUGUCAUCAUGAGAAAAAUGGUCUGUGUCUUAAUGGCAGUAGCUGCCUGGUCUAUUGGGUUUUUCCAUGCCUUGAUGCAUGCAGUAGUAACUGCUCGCCUUCCCUUCUGUGGACGAAAUCUAAUUGAACACUUUGUCUGUGACAUCAAACCUUUGUUGAAACUGGCCUGUGGCAAUACACACCUAAAUCUCAUGCUUCUCAAUAUUGUGACCAGCUUUGUUGCUAUGGGCCCUUUUAUCUUCAUACUUUUCUCCUACCUGUACAUCAUUACUUUCCUUCUCUUUAAAGUGCAGUCCCAGCGUGGUUGGCAAAAAGCCUUCUCCACCUGUGGAUCCCACUUAACUGUGGUAUCUUUGCUCUAUGUUCCUGUAUUGUUUAAUUACAUGCUUCCCACUGUGGGUUCUUCCUCUGAACGAGAUGUAAUAAUAACUCUCAUUUAUAGUGCAGUUACUCCAGUUUUGAACCCACUUAUCUAUACACUGAGGAAUGAGAAGGUUAAAAUGGCAAUGAAAAAGAUGUUGAUAGCAAGAUUUUCAUUCAUUGGUGAACAAAAAUGUUGA